CCUCGCCCGCGACCUCACCCGGAGCCAGAGAUGAUCAAGGAGGAACACGAGGUGGCCUUCCUGGGGGCUCCCCAGAACUCAAGGCCCGUGAUGUCCACCGUGGUCAACAUCCAGAAUGAGACCGCGGUGCCUGACCACAUCGUCUGGUCCCUGUUCAACGCGCUCUUCUUCAACACCUGCUGCCUGGGCUUCGUGGCUUUCGCCUACUCCGUGAAGUCUAGGGACCGGAAGAUGGUGGGAGACGUGAUUGGGGCCCAGAGCUACGCAUCCACCGCCAAGUGCCUGAACAUCUGGGCCCUGGUCUUGGGCCUCCUUGUGAGCAUCGGAUUUAUCGUUCUUCUGGUGUUUCUGAUGCCGAUAAUCAUCGCUUUAAUCGAGAAAGCCCAGACGCCUGAAGUAGGCAACUACUAGUCAUUGUCCCGGGCAGGUGACCAAGUCCUCCCCACCCACUGCUGCCCCGCCCCAGGCACACACCCAUUUAUUCAGCUCUUUGUACAGACACACCUGUCUGCAACUGAAGUCAAUAAAGUGCUCCCGUGUGUGACAACGGAGACAUUUCUUGGGCAGGGGCACUGCCCAGCCCCAGCCUGUCCCUGAGACAGCCCGCCUCCUUCCUUGUCCACCUGCUUGCUGCUCUGAGUGGGGCCCGACAAUUUCUCAGAUGUUCCUGGUUUCUGGCCUCCCUGUGGGACCAACAGCUGGACCAGGGUUCUAGGAGGGGGGUCUCUCCUUCUCAAUGUCUGAGCCCUGAGCCAAGGGCUCUGGCCCAAAGGACAAGCCUCCCUGAUUCCGGGCUGCCUGGAGCCGCUGCCAGUGCCCAGGAAGGGG